AUGAAAAUUUUGGUCGCUUUUCUUGGAGUUUGCUUUGUGCAAACAAUUCUUGCAUCAUCAGCACUUCCUGAGAGUAAUUCAAUUGACAAGACUGAAGAAAAAUCACCAACUGAUUCAGAUUACAAACCAGUACAAAAUGUUGUCGCUGCAGUUUAUCAAAGAGCCAUGCUUCAAGCACUUCAAGCCAAAGUUACUGAGCUUCAUAAAAAGCUUUCAACUGGAGAAAAUGCUGUGCCAGCAGCAAUGGACAUUUUAAAAAUUACACUUUUGUCUCAUCCAGCUCAGGAAGCUGUUCGUCGAGCUGCUGAACAUAUCAUAAAUGCAAUGGCACCUGAACUAAAAAAGUUCACAAAUGAUGAGAAUUAUCCAAUAGAAUCAAGAACAACAACACCAAAUCCUUCCAAUAAGCAGUAA